CUCAGAAUAGUAAAAUAAAAAAUCCGGAAUCAGAGACACAGAGAUGAAUGAAUUACGAUAGGAUACGCUGAUUUGCAGAGACACGUCCGCACUUACUCGCAACCACAAACGAAAACAAUCCUCUUCGCUUGCGACGCCAUUGGAGAAGAGGAAGAAGAAGAAGAAGACUAUGCUUCUCUUACAACCUCCACUGGUUUCAUCUCGGUUUCAUUCCCUCUACUUCAUCACUCGCCCCCACCACCGCUUUUUCCAACCGCCGAUUUCUGCUUUCUCUGCAACCGCCCCUUGUUCGCCAUCAUCAUCAUCUUCUUCUUCUUACUCCUCCUCGUGGAAUGUUUUAGAUGCGUGUGAAGAAGAGGACGAAGACGAUGAAUUCUCCGUCGAGGUUCGUCGUCGCUAUGACUUCUCUCCACUUCUAAAAUUCCUCUCCAGAUUCGGACCAGUCGAAUUGGUUUUGGAUUCGGAAGAUUCGGAAUCCUUUUCGCCGGAUUCGCUUGAUCCGGUGGAAUUCGAGCUCGCCGAGUCUUACAAGGCGGUUCCGGCACCGUACUGGCACUCGUUACUAAAAUCGUUAUGCUCAUCGACGUCAUCGCUCGGUUUAGCUUACGCCGUCGUCUCUUGGCUGCGAAAGCAUAACCUUUGCUUCUCCUAUGAGCUUCUCUACUCAAUUCUCAUCCACGCGCUUGGCCGUUCAGAGAAGCUUUACGAGGCGUUUCUUCUUUCUCAGAAACAGACUUUAACUCCUUUGACUUACAAUGCUUUAAUUGGAGCUUGUGCUCGCAACAACGACAUUGAAAAAGCUCUUAAUCUGAUUUCUAGGAUGCGGCGAGAUGGUUACCAAUCGGAUUUUGUCAACUACAGUUUGGUUAUUCAGGCUUUGACGCGUAGCAACAAGAUUGAUUCAGCUCUUUUGCAGAGAUUGUAUAGAGAAAUUGAACGUGACAAGCUUGAGCUUGAUGUGCAGCUUGUUAAUGAUAUCAUCAUGGGUUUUGCUAAAUCUGGUGACCCUUCUCGGGCUUUGCAGAUUCUAGGUAUGGCUCAGGCAACAGGUUUGAGUGCGAAAACCGCGACUCUUGUCUCGAUUAUUUCGGCAUUGGCGAAUUCGGGGAGGACUUUAGAGGCUGAAGCUUUGUUUGAGGAGCUGAGACAAAGCGGGAUAAAACCGAGAACCAAGGCUUACAAUGCGUUGCUUAAGGGAUAUGUAAAGACAGGUCCUUUGAAAGAUGCGGAGUCGAUGGUUUCAGAGAUGGAGAAGAGAGGUGUUUCGCCUGAUGAACAUACGUACAGUCUCCUCAUUGAUGCAUAUGUGAAUGCAGGUAGAUGGGAAAGCGCGAGAAUUGUGUUGAAAGAGAUGGAAGCUGGUGAUGUACAGCCUAACUCUUUUGUUUUCAGCAGACUCUUAGCAGGUUAUCGCGAUAGAGGUGAGUGGCAAAAGACAUUUCAAGUUCUCAAGGAGAUGAAGAGCCUAGGAGUUAAGCCCGACAGGCAAUUCUACAACGUGGUGAUCGAUACUUUUGGAAAGUUUAAUUGUCUUGAUCAUGCGAUGACGACUUUUGAUAGAAUGUUAAGCGAGGGAAUCGAACCCGAUAGGGUGACUUGGAAUACGCUUAUCGAUUGUCAUUGUAAGCAUGGCCGGCAUAUUGUGGCAGAAGAGAUGUUUGAGGCAAUGGAGAAGCGAGGGUGCUUGCCUUGUGCUACAACUUAUAACAUAAUGAUCAAUAGUUAUGGUGAUCAAGAAAGAUGGAAUGAUAUGAAAAGAUUGUUAGGGAAGAUGAAGAGCCAAGGAGUAUUGCCUAAUGUCGUGACACACACAACACUCGUCGAUGUUUAUGGCAAAUCCGGUAGGUUUAAUGAUGCGAUAGAGUGCUUGGAGGAGAUGAAAUCAGUUGGGCUGAAACCAUCUUCAACGAUGUACAAUGCCCUCAUCAAUGCGUAUGCACAAAGGGGUUUAUCGGAACAAGCUGUGAAUGCAUUUAGAGUGAUGACAUCAGAUGGACUAAAGCCGAGUUUGUUGGCUCUCAAUUCCCUCAUCAAUGCCUUUGGUGAGGACAGAAGAGACGCUGAAGCAUUUGCCGUGUUGCAGUACAUGAAAGAAAACGGCGUAAAUCCAGACGUGGUGACAUACACAACACUCAUGAAAGCUCUCAUUCGUGUUGAUAAGUUCCAAAAGGUACCGGGUGUUUACGAGGAGAUGAUCAUGUCAGGCUGCAAACCAGAUAGAAAAGCUAGAUCCAUGUUACGGUCUGCUCUAAGAUACAUGAAGCAGACGUUAAGAACCUCAUAAAAAACAUAAAAGAAGAACAAUGCUAAGGUUUUAUCUCGAGCUUGUAUCAUCAUAUCAAGCUCAGGUCAGAGAUGUAAUGACACAGACCACACAUCACAAGAGGAAGUCUUUUCAUACAAAUCCUCACAUUUUCUGUCUAUGUAAAUAUUCACACUGUACAAAUAUAUAACUGUUACGUAGACCAAAUUGGAUAGGGAUACGUUGAAAAUUCUAAACCAAAUCUCA